AUGGAGCCUCGUAUUGGGAACAAAUUCCGUCUUGGCCGCAAGAUUGGUAGCGGAUCCUUCGGCGAGAUCUAUCUCGGUACAAAUAUACAGACAAACGAAGAGGUUGCAAUCAAGCUUGAAAAUGUCAAAACCAAGCAUCCUCAAUUGUUGUAUGAAUCAAAGUUGUAUAAAGUACUUCAAGGAGGAACUGGUAUCCCAAAUGUGAGAUGGUUUGGCGUUGAAGGAGAGUACAAUGUUCUUGUGAUGGAUUUACUAGGACCUAGUCUCGAGGAUUUAUUCAGUUUUUGUAGUCGCAAGUUGUCUCUUAAAACUGUACUCAUGCUUGCUGAUCAGAUGAUAAAUCGAGUUGAAUAUAUUCAUUCCAAGUCAUUUUUACAUAGGGACAUCAAGCCAGACAACUUCCUGAUGGGUUUGGGGAGGCGUGCUAAUCAAGUUUAUGCCAUUGACUUUGGUCUCGCUAAAAAAUACAGAGACACCUCUACUCAUCAGCAUAUUCCUUACAGAGAGAAUAAGAAUUUGACAGGAACUGCUAGAUAUGCUAGUAUGAAUACACAUCUUGGAAUUGAGCAAAGCCGUAGGGACGACUUAGAAUCACUUGGAUAUGUUCUUAUGUACUUUUUGAGAGGAAGUCUUCCAUGGCAGGGAUUGAAAGCAGGUACUAAGAAACAGAAGUACGAAAAAAUCAGCGAGAAGAAAGUUUCUACUUCUAUUGAGUCCUUGUGUCGUGGCUACCCCUCAGAAUUUGCUUCGUACUUCCAUUACUGUCGGUCAUUGCGGUUUGAUGAUAAACCAGAUUAUGCAUAUUUGAAAAGGCUUUUUCGUGACCUUUUCAUUCGUGAAGGGUUCCAGUUUGAUUAUGUCUUUGAUUGGACCAUCUUGAAGUAUCAGCAAUCUCAAAUUGCCACUCCUCCUUCACGCGCCGUUGGUUCUGGUGCUGGGCCAAGUUCUGGCAUACCACCAGCUGUUGUGAGUGCUACUGAUAGACCGACAGGUGGGGAAGAGGGUAGACAUGCUGGUUGGUCUUCAUCAGAUCCUGCUCGUAGAAGAAACUCUGGACCUAUUGCAAAUGACUUAUUUAGACAAAAAGCCCCGGUUCCAAGUGACUCAACUGCAUCUAAAGAUGCUAUGUUGUCUAGUUCUAAUUUCUUCCGACCAAGUGGAUCUACAAGACGAGUAGGUGCUGUUUCCAACAGUCGUGAUGCAGUUGUUGGCAGUGAAAUUGAACCCUCUCUUCCUCUUGCAAGGGAUGGUAGUCCUGGAUCACGCCUUAAAACCUCUGGUGCUCAAAGAAAUUCACCUAUCACAUCAUCAGAGCUCAAAGGAACAUCCAGCAGAAACACAUCAAACAUAAAGAAUUUUGAGUCAACUCUCCGAGGUAUUGAGAGCAUGAAUUUCAAUGACGAGAAGGUACAGUAUUAG